UCAACAAAUCUUAUCUCAUUAGAUUAGAUUGUGCAGGUGGAGAGAAGAUUUUGACCAUAUAAUUGAAAUUCUUCCAGCAUCCCUUUAGCUGCUAUUGUAAUCAUCGAUAUCACACAUACUGCAGUGUAAUGUAAAUGCCAGCACACCUUCAUGUCUUUGAUAGUUUGCUUGGGCAAAGUCUACAAAGACUGGUUAAAGGUUAGAUAGAUAGAUACUAGAUACUUUAUUGAUCCCCGGGGGGAAAGUCAGGUGAAAAUGCAAUAUAGUGAGGAGAGGUGUGGCAAGAGGGAAUACUGCCUUCCACAAUUAUAUAUAAGACUCCAGCACUCUCCUACAGGUUUACUCUCAGCAGCCAAAGAUUCCUGCCCCGGACGCUUCUGCUCAAUCAACAAUUAGCCAUGGAGACCCUCGCCGUAAGACAGAAGACUUAUUCGUACGCCCCCACUGUGUAUGGCGGGGCAGGGGGCCGUGGAAUCUUGAUCUCUAGCGGUGUUGGCAACAGGUACAGCGGUGGGUAUGACUACUUGUCCUCAGGGUUCACAUCUGGAAUCCUGGCCAUCGAGAAUGAGAAGUUUGCCCUGCAGCAGCUGAACGACCGCCUGGCCAGCUACAUGGAGACUGUGAAAAGUCUGGAAAAGGCCAACAGCAAGCUGGAAAUCAAAAUCAGAGAGGCCGUUGGGACAAGAGGCCCACUGGAGGGGAGGGAGUACAGCAAAUAUAACGCCAUCAUUGCAGAUCUGAGAGCAAAGAUUUUUGAGAAGAUUAAGGGCAACAUGCAAAUUGCUAUCUCCCUCGACAACGCCCGGUUGGCCUCAGAUGAUUUUAGGAUAAAGAUGGAGUACGAGCUAUCCAUGCGUCAGACAGUGGAGUCUGAUGUUGAAAGACUUCGAAAGAUUCUGGAUGACACCAAUGUGAUGCGACUGCACUUGGAGAGCGACAUUGAAUCACUGAAGGAAGAAUUAUUCAUCCUUAAGAAGAACCGUGAUAUUGAUGUUGCUGAAUUGCGUGCCAAGAUCACUGAGGUUGGAGUCCAUGUGGAUGUUGAUGCCCCCAAAGGGCAGGACAUAAGCAGGGUUAUGGAAGAGAUGAGGGCUAAGUAUGAGAAGAUCAUAUUGAAGAAUGCAGAGGAAGUCAAAGAAUGGCACGAGUACCAGAUGAAAGAUGUGCGGGCCAAAGUAACUGAGCAGAACACAGCCCUGAAAGGAGAAAUACAGAUAUUAUCUGAAACCAAGAGGAAAUAUCAGACAUUGGAGAUUGAGUAUCACUCAGCACUGAGCAUGUUCGAGAACCUGAGGGCCACAAUCCAGGACAUUGAUAUGCGCUACAGCAUGGAAGUGAAAAAAUACAACGAGCUGAUUUUGAGGCUGAAGGAAGAGCUCACUCAACUCCGCGCUGAGAUCGAGCAAAACAGAAGUGAAUACGAACUCCUCCUCAACAUCAAGAUCAAACUGGAAGCUGAGAUAGCCGAGUACAGGCGGCUGCUUGACGGAGGAUUAGACAUAAAUCUUGAGGACACUAUCAAAAAGAAGACCGUUGAGACCAAAGUGGUAACAGUGACUCAGACUUUGGUGGACGGCAAAGUGGUAUCAGAGAGCAAGGACGUCAAGUCUGGCGUGAUUCUGGAUGACUAAAAAUUGAAAGAAUAAACAGAAAUGUAUCCAUACUAAGAUGUAAAUUUAUGCCUGUAUGUGACUGGGGUCAAACAUGAGCAAAACACUUUGGGCCAAUUACGUCCAACACUGAGGACGGUGAUACAAGGGUCCUCACCUUGUCAAGUCUUUCAAAAUGAAGAGCCUCAGCAUCCUCUGACCAGUGUGCACUCAUCCACAUGAAGCAUAAGAAAAGAGCCACCAAGGCUUCCGUU